AUGGCCAGCGCCCUUGAACCCACUCUCCCCGCUUCUGCCCUUAGUAGCUGGAUGGAAGAUCUCUACGCCCGAAUCUUUAUUCAGCCAGACGAUGAAGUCUCGGCAAAUACCAUCAAAGAAUCAAUUUCAGAAGAUUUCGCGGCCAGAAUCAACCAUGAUCACUACACGCGACAAUCAUUCCACGAUAUCAUCAUGAAAUUCCGUGUCGAUAACAAGACGACUAUUCAUGAAACCAAGGAGCUCCAAUCUUGGGAUGCACCCGAUGGCUCAGGUGCUGGUUGCGUCUCCCAGUUUCUUCGCUUUACCGACUCCAACAAGGAGACUGGCGUUGGUAGCACGUCUUCUACCUUGCUGAUUGCUAGCAUUAAGGUUGUCAAUGGGCGGAAGAUGUUGGUAGAACUGACAGAGGUGUUGAAGGCAGCUGCUUAG